CUGCACUCCAGUUUUAUUGGGGAUUCCCAGAGAAGUUUCCAGAUAGUCUCACCCAGGUCCACCUCUUGACUUCUGACCGACAUCAGGAUGACAUCACAUUUCAUGGCCUGCUGCCAUGACAACUCUAGGUCACUUUGGCCCAUGCUGACAGGUUCUAACUGGAUUCUGAGUCAUAAAUUCUUACACAUUUUAUGGCUAAGAGGAAUUAUCCUUGUCUCUGGGAGUUUCGGGAUUUGGUCUAUGAAUAGGGUCUCUUACCAACAUUAUUUUGAUUCUUUAUUUCCCUGCAGAUAACAGAAGAGUGAUCAGUAAGCCAACAUAUCCUGUUCACUUAAGCCAAGGAGGGGUACAGAUAAAUUGCUUCUUGAAAAAGAAAGUAUAGAAUUUAUAGAAUUAUUUCCUUACCUCGUGUUCCCACCACUGGCAUGUCUGCCCCAUCACACCUGUGAGGUCUUUGCACACUCUUCCCACUAUGUGGAGCCCUGCCCUCCUGGUGGAUCUCCCCAGCUCCUCACCUCUCCCUUCAACUCCAUCCCUCCUCUAUCCAUCCUUCCUGUCCAAAUCCAGCAGCUCCGAGUCUCUAUGUGUUUGGGGGAGAAACUUCCAUAGUUGACCUAAAUAAAUUGAAGGCUGUGGAUGAUAUUUUUCACCUUUUCAUUUCCUAAAUUCGCACUAAUAUCCAAGCUUUCGCACUGCUCUCACCGCAGGAUCUAGGCACCGUCCAGAGGCAGGCUCUGUCGCGCGUCCGUCACGGGGGCGUGGCCAGCGGGGGCGUGCCCAGCGCGACGGGGGCGUGGCGAGGGGCGGCCCGGCGUGGGGCGAAGUGAGCCAGCCGAGCUCGAGGCGACCGAGCGGGUGGGGGGCGGGGCGAGCGGGCCGAAGGAGGCGCCUCGGCGGCUAGGUCCCCGAACCUGCGGGCCACGCGCCGCCGCCGCCGCCGUCGCCCUCUUCGGAGGCGGGAGGGGCUGGCGGAGGAGGCGCGUCGUCGGAAGCCAUGUUUGUGGCUCGCAGCAUCGCGGCGGACCACAAGGAUCUCAUCCACGAUGUCUCUUUCGACUUCCACGGACGGCGGAUGGCCACCUGCUCCAGCGACCAGAGCGUCAAGGUCUGGGAUAAAAGUGAAAGUGGAGAUUGGCAUUGUACUGCUAGCUGGAAGACACAUAGUGGAUCGGUGUGGCGUGUGACAUGGGCCCAUCCUGAAUUUGGACAGGUUUUGGCUUCCUGUUCUUUUGACCGAACAGCUGCUGUAUGGGAAGAAAUAGUAGGAGAAUCCAAUGACAAACUGCGAGGACAGAGUCACUGGGUGAAGAGGACAACUCUAGUGGACAGCAGAACAUCGGUUACUGAUGUGAAGUUUGCUCCUAAACAUAUGGGUCUUAUGCUAGCGACCUGUUCAGCAGAUGGUAUAGUAAGAAUAUACGAGGCACCAGACGUUAUGAAUCUCAGCCAGUGGUCACUGCAGCAUGAGAUCUCAUGUAAGCUAAGCUGUAGUUGUAUUUCUUGGAACCCUUCAAGCUCCCGUGCUCAUUCCCCAAUGGUUGCUGUAGGCAGCGAUGACAGUAGUCCAAAUGCAAUGGCCAAGGUUCAGAUUUUUGAGUACAACGAAAACACCAGGAAAUAUGCAAAAGCCGAAACUCUCAUGACAGUCACUGAUCCUGUACAUGAUAUUGCGUUUGCUCCAAACUUGGGAAGAUCUUUUCAUAUUCUAGCAAUAGCAACCAAAGAUGUCAGAAUUUUUACAUUAAAGCCUGUGAGGAAAGAACUUACUUCCUCUGGUGGGCCAACAAAAUUUGAAAUCCAUAUAGUGGCUCAGUUUGAUAAUCAUAAUUCUCAGGUCUGGCGAGUGAGUUGGAAUAUAACUGGAACAGUGCUGGCCUCUUCAGGAGAUGAUGGCUGUGUAAGACUGUGGAAAGCUAAUUAUAUGGACAACUGGAAGUGCACUGGCAUCUUGAAAGGUAAUGGGAGCCCAGUCAAUGGGAGUUCUCAGCAAGGAAACUCAAACCCUUCCCUAGGUUCAAAUAUUCCAAGUCUUCAAAACUCAUUAAAUGGAUCUUCUGCUAGCAGGUAUUUCUUUCCCCCUCUGGAUUCCCCACGGGCUGGAUCGAGAUGGUCCAGUUAUGCCCAGCUCCUUCCUCCUCCUCCUCCUCCUCCUCCUCUGCUAGAGCCCUCUUGCGAUGCUGACACUGCCAACCUCCAGUAUCCUCACCCUCGCAGACGAUCUCUCUCUCGGCCUCUUAAUCCCUUACCUGAGAAUGAAGGGGUUUAAAACACUGACUUAAUAUUUAAAGGCCUUAUUCAAAUGCUUGUAAAUGCUUUCAUUCCUGGCUGCUUUUUGUUUUUCUUCUUUUUCUUUCAGAAGACUUUUCUUAUUUAGGGUCUGUCUUGCAUGUAUCACAACCAGAACACAGUGUUUGGAACCUAAACCUGUUUGUGAGUCUGCAUCAAAGGAACAUUGGCUUCACUGGUUGAUAACCUUUGAUGAAAUGUGUACAGAUAACAUCAACUGUGAAAAUUACACAGUAGCUGACUUCCAAGUGCCUGUUUUGUAAAUUUUAUUUUGAAUUGUUAUCAUAGUCUUAAAUUUCUUCUGCUUUGUCAUACUGGUUAAUGUGAAAACAUCAUUAUGGAAUUCAUUCUGCCUUUGAGACAUAUUAAGAAAUGUUUUUAAUUUUUACAGGCUAAAUGUUGUGACUAAUGUGUAAAAUAAAUCAUUCCUGUGUAUAAAGCAGCAAAAC